AUGAACAAAGAGCCUAUAUUUAUUGAGCCUGAUAACUUUUUCGAAGGAAUAGUUGUUGGUGGUGGAACUUGUGGAUUAGCAGUUUCACUGAGAUUAUGUGAAUCAAAACCAGGAUCAUUAUUUACGGACAGUGAACAUCAAAGAUUCCAUUGGUUAAAACAACGAGGUCAUAAAUCAAAUAAAUUAGGAUCUAAUAAAUUUUAUCAAUCAUCACUGUUUCACCCAUCCGAUUUAUUAAUUAUUGAUUCAACAAAUAAUAAAUUUUUAAGUCAAUGGGAUAAUCAAUUUAAGUCAUGUCAAAUUCCAUAUUUAAGAUCACCAAUGUUUUUCCAUGUUGAUCCAUCGGAUAUUGAUGGAAUGACAAGUUAUGCAUAUUCUACCAAUAGAGAAAAUGAAUUAAUGGAAAUUACAAACGUUGUUGGUAAAGAAAUUUCAAAACAUAAAUUGAAACAGAAAAAAGGGUUGAAAAAAAAUGGAUUAAUUGAUAUAAAUCAUAGAGAUUGGAAAGAUUAUUAUAGACCAUCUACAAAACUAUUUCAUGAUUAUUGUGAGUCAGUUGUAGAUAGAUACAAUCUAAAAAAUAGUAUAAUAAAAGAUGAAGUAAUUGACAUAAAAUAUAGAUUAAUUCAAUAUGAUGAUAAAAAUAUUGGUAAAGGGGUUUUGAUUUACACAAAAUUAGGGAAAAUAUUUGGUUGCAAAUUUGUAAUUAUUGCGAGUGGUCAUCGUGGUAAAAGUAAUUAUCCAAUAAAACCAUUUGGUGAAAUAACCACAAACACUUGUCAUACUUCACAUUUAUUCACCAACCAAGUUAAAUUUUUAGAUGAUCAAUUCUUCAAAAGACCAAAACUUAAAAAUAUAGUUAUUGUUGGAGGAGGAUUAACAUCAGCUCAAUUGGCUAAUGUAGCAUGUAAUGAUCCAACAGUUGACAAAGUAUAUCUUUUAUUUAGAUCACCCAUUAAGAUCAAACAUUUUGAUUUCCAUUUAGAUUGGGUGUCCAAGUAUAAGAAUUUUAAAAAAUCAAUAUUUUUCAAUCAAGAAUCUAAUGAAUUAAAAUAUGAAAUGAUUAAUGAUGCAAGAGAAGGUGGGUCUAUAAAUCCUGAGUAUUAUAAAAAAUUGAAAAAUCAUUUGAAAUCAGGUAAAUUAAAAUGGUUUACUGAGACUGUUAUUUUGAAUCAAGAAUGGAAUGGUGAUUAUUGGAAUUUGGAAUUAAGUAACGACUUAAAUUUAACAAAUAUUGAUUAUAUUUAUUUCGCGACAGGAAUUACAAAUGAUAUUGAAUCAAUACCAUUUUUAAAACUGAUAAUUGAAGAACACCCUAUUGAAUUUACAAAGGGAUUUCCUUCAUUAACUGAUAAUUUACAAUGGAACACAGAAGUUCCCUUAUUUUUCAUAGGCAAAAAUGCGUCAUUGCAAGUUGGUCCAACUUCAGCAAAUCUAGAUGGUGCAAGAUUAGGUGCUGAAAGAAUUGGUUGGUAUUUGCAAAAUAUGAAAUUACAAGGAGAAUUAAGUUGGUCAACUACAAAUGAAGCAAACUAUAACUCCUUUAAUACUCAGUUAGAUUUAGCUAGUGGGAAAUUAAAUUGGUUUGAAUUGUUAGAGUGUAAUGCAUAA